AUGUCGUCGGCAGGCUCGCCUCGCAAACAGGCUCCAGGCUCGCCUUCGAAGCGUCUCAAGCGCAAAGCUGCCGACGUAGACGAUGCUGCUGAUCCCUCCGCCAGCGCCGGCAGAGGCAGAACUGCAUCCGCCAGUCCCUUUCGUCCCGACUCUGCCUCGUCUUCCACCACACCGUCGCCCGUCAAGCGUACCUCUACAUCUUCCACAUCACGGCGUGACAGCCGUGCAUCUCGCACAUUCCAGAUCUCGGACGACUUUGGACAGGACGAAGAUGCGCCAUACGACGAAGAACUCGACGCCGAUGGCGAGUUUGACGAAGAGUACGUCGGUCAGGAUGCGCAGGGCGAGGAGGAAGAUGACGAGGUCGAGAAGGUGGUCGCGACGCGAGCGUCUAGCUCGACCAGCACAAUGACGCCAUCGCGACAGUCCGCGAGGCCAAAGAGAAGCAAUGCGCCCAAUGUCUCGUAUUAUGCGGUCCAGCCGUUGCCGAGCUUUUCGGACGAUGAGCAGGAUGAAGAGGUGACACCUUCCAUUCGAAGGCGAGGGAGAAAGGCAAAGCUUCCGGACACUUCAGAUAACGAUGUCGACACGGACGAUGACGAUGCCGAGGAUCACAUCCGCCCUACUGCAAGAUCGAGCAGCAGAGGCACACGCACCGACACCCCGUCUACGUCAAAGCAAUUAUCCGGCAAAACUCCCAGACGACCCAUCGACAAAGACGUCAGCGAGCAAAGCAGUGUCAAGCCGCCAGAACCAGAAUUGUCCGAAGAAGCAAAGCAGCAGGCCAAGGCCGAAAAGGAAGCACACGAUCUCCAAUCUCGCUGGACUGAGGAGUACUUUGAGAUUGUCGAACAGCUGCCCUUGGAAAUGCAUCGCACCUUUGCCCUUAUGCGCGAACUCGAAGGUCAGAUGCAAGCACGAGUGGGCACCAUGGUCCAAAAUAUGACUGCUUACCGCGAUGUCAGGAUGGAGAUGCAGAACCUUCUCGACGCCGGCAGCCCGGAGGAGCAGACGAAUACACGCGUUAACGAGCAAAGCAGCAGUCGCAAGAGUGCACGUGGAGGGAGCGAGGACGAAGCAGAGAACUUGCUUGGUGGGUCACAGGACGGGCAUAGAAACGGACAGUCAUCAGCAUUUCAAGAUGACAUCGAUGGAGUUGAGGUCCACUCCGCGGACGGCAUUCAAGCUAAAAAUUUGUUCGACAAGGACGCGCGACGUCAACUGUUGCGCUCCAUCUCGCUGGCAGCCAACGAGUCGGUCAAAGCAGCCGAAGAGAAGAUGGGUCUCGCUGCUACUGCCUACAACUGGAUCGAUCGGCACAUUCGUCGUCUAGACGCAGACAUUUCUAAAGUCGAAAGCAGCAUUCUCCUCGGCUUGCGCUCCGGUACGGAGGAGUCAAGAAACGCCAGAGAGGCGCUCGGCUUGCCGGUCGACGAUGCAGGAGAAGAAGGCGCGGAAGAUGGCGAGGAUGGACGUACCCAUGCCGGCGAGGGUAUUAGCGCCGAGGCAGAGAGUGCAGCACUGACCAAAGCUGCUGGUGCCGCAAGGAGAGCCUCUGCUGGUGGCGCUGAGGGUGGCAGAAGGAGUACGAGGACCACCCCGAAAAUGGGAGGGCAAGCGCAGCUCGCACCUUCGCCCAAGGGCACUCAACGAUCGCUUUCAAGAUCCCGUUCGCGUUCCGCCUCUACUUCUGCUGCCGCGGGUAGUAGCACCGACAAAACUACCGCCGCUGCAUCAGUCAGUACCACUCGAGCAGGACGUCAAAAGACCACCUCGCCCGCACCUCUCGUCGCCAACGCCCGCAUCACGCGCAAACGCAAACCAAAACCGCUCUCGCCGCAAAAAGGCGGUCGGCGCUCCAUCGUCACCGCCACCCCGACCAUCGUCUCGCCCACGACGCAACUCCCGCGCUCCUCCGGCACCAUCGUUGGUCCCGACACGUCCGAGAUGCCCUUCGACCCGACCGAGCCGACGUACUGCUACUGCGAUCAGAUCUCGUUUGACGAGAUGGUCGCGUGCGAUAACGAGGACUGCACCAUCGAGUGGUUUCACUAUGCUUGUGUGGGGUUGACCAGGCAGCCUAAGAACGAGUGGUUCUGUCGCUUUUGUGCGCCGCCGGGCUGGAAGGGCGAGGGGAUGGCCGUGCCGAGCAAUGCCAAACAUAGGCCACCGGGGUUUAAGAAGGGCGUUGGAAUCAAGGCGUAG